CGUCAGCGGGGUUUGAUUAUUUUAAACAGAACAAGAUGGCGGAGGAGAGCGGGUUGAAGGCUCGGAAUCAUUCUGAACGAAAUCGGAAAAGCAACGUCUUUGGCGAAGAUGUGAGCGGUGUGGAACGGCUCUCCCUCAACUCGGACGGCUGGCCGCUGAACGGCGGCGAUGUCCCCAUGAAAGAAGCCCGGCCCGUUCAGAUCGUGCUGGCCCACGAGGACGACCACAACUUCGAGCUGGACGAGGAGGCCCUGGAGCACAUCCUCCUGCAGGAGCACAUCCGGGACCUGAACGUGGUGGUGGUGUCGGUGGCGGGGGCCUUCCGGAAGGGCAAGUCCUUCCUGCUGGACUUCAUGCUGCGAUACAUGUACAACGGGAAUUCCAGUUCUUGGCUGGGAGGCCAUGAAGACCCCUUGACCGGCUUCACCUGGCGCGGGGGCUGUGAACGAGAAACCACCGGCAUUCAGGUCUGGAGCGAAGUCUUUGUGGUGGAAAAGCCCGAUGGAAGCAAGGUCGCAGUGCUUUUAAUUGACACUCAGGGGGCCUUUGACAGCCAGUCAACCAUCAAAGAUUGUGCAACUGUGUUUGCACUGAGCACCAUGACCAGCUCAGUACAGGUGUACAACUUGUCCCAGAACAUACAGGAAGAUGAUCUUCAACAUCUUCAGCUCUUUACGGAAUAUGGACGCCUUGCUAUGGAGGAAAUCUACAAGAAACCCUUUCAGAAACUUAUGUUUCUUAUUCGAGACUGGAGCUAUCCAUACGAACAUCCUUACGGCCUGGAUGGAGGAAAGAAGUUUUUGGAGAAGAGAUUGCAGGUGAAGGAGAACCAGCAUGAGGAGCUCCAGAAUGUAAGGAAACACAUCCAUUCUUGUUUCUCCGACAUCGGCUGUUUCUUGCUGCCACACCCUGGUCUAAAAGUUGCCACUAAUCCCCACUUUGAUGGAAGAUUAAGAGAUAUAGAUGGUGAUUUCAAGAAGGAGCUGCAGUCUCUUGUGCCAUUGCUACUAGCCCCCAAGAAUUUGGUAGAAAAAGAAAUUGGAGGAUCCAAAGUGACCUGCAGAGAUCUCGUGGAGUAUUUUAAAGCAUAUAUCCGGAUAUAUCAAGGAGAGGAACUCCCUCAUCCCAAAUCCAUGUUGCAGGCAACUGCUGAGGCCAACAACCUUGCAGCUGUUGCAGGAGCAAAAGAUGGCUACAACAAAAGCAUGGAGCAGGUCUGCGGCGGGGACAAGCCUUACAUUUCUCCCAGCGAGCUGGAGCGCAGGCACGAGGGCUUCCGGGAGUCCUGCGUCAGGCAGUUCUGCUCCGUGAAGAAGAUGGGAGGGGAGGAGUUCUGCCGCCGCUACCAGGACCAGCUCGAGGCGGAAAUCGACGAGGCCUAUGCAAACUUUGUCAAGCACAACGACAGCAAAAACAUUUUCUUCGCCGCCCGCACGCCAGCCACUCUGUUUGCCGUUAUGGUGGCCAUGUACAUCGUCUCAGGAGUGACUGGUUUUAUUGGGUUGAACCCGGUAGCGACCCUUUGUAACCUCAUCAUGGGAGUAGCUCUUGUGUCCUUGUGCACCUGGGCGUACGUGAAGUACUCGGGAGAGUUCCGAGAAGUGGGGAUGCUCAUCGAUCAGCUGGCGGAGACCUUAUGGGAGCAGGUUUUGAAGCCCCUGAGUGAUCAUGUUAUGGAAGACAACAUGAGACAGACUGUGGCCAACCCCAUCAAAGCUGCAAUAGCAGGGCAGGUCACCCAGCACGCCAAGUUAAAGGCACACUGAGAGGCCCGAUCGCAGGCGCCUUUAAUCCGACUCUGUUGUAACUCGAAUGCUCGUCGUAGACUGAGGACUGUUUGAACCAAAGUUUGCUCUCUAAUGUAGAAUUAAGAGCUGAGCCGGCUUCACCGAAUGCUGCCACCAAUUCUGAAGAUGCCCAUCUGGCGAACUGUUGCAGUCUUUCUUUUGGUUCAAAGUGGGGGAAAGAUGUUCUUGCUAAAUGUGACAAGGUUGAUGCGUCGCCCACUUUUUGAUUAGAUUGGGAAUUGAGAUUUGUCCCCAUGACAGUGGGACAGUGAGCGCUGGUUUAGAAUUUUUUAUCUCUAUUGUACGCAGAAUUUUAUAAGUGGAUUGCACUGGUUUGGUUUAAAGGGUAUUUCAGGGAAAGGCAGCUUUGCAGCUGCUUUGUUUAACUCAAGCAAACCUUUGUCCUAGUGACUUUUUGUGAGCCUGUCUGGACUAAAUUUAAAGAUCCUCAGUGGAAACAGAUUUGCGAAGCCUCGAGCCACUACAUUUUUAAUAACAAUUUUAGUGUGUACCAGUAUUAAACAUUGCAUGAUAUCAGAUCUACACGGCACGCACAACAUCAAGGUAAAGUUACUGUAAUUAGAGGAAAUUAAUUCACAACUGUACAUUGCCUUGCCUUCAUAGCUGCAGACUGGCCCUAAAAGGAUUUAUCAAAGAAAAGCUGUACUAAAGGUGACUUUUCUUUUUUUUUUCUGUAACAUAGCACUAAUGUAAAUUGAUUAUGCCAAUGUUUGUGACAAUUCCAUCCAAAAUACAUUGCCUACAAGCUCAUGUCUGUACAGUUUAGAUUUUUUAUCAGAUCUCAGAGAUAGGGCAUGUAUAUGAACUAUAAAUAUAUAAAUACCAGUUUUCUAUAAAGGUUUUUGUAGUUUAUUGAAAAAAGAUUCUGUAGUAGGCUAAAGUGCAGUUAAUGUAAAGGAAUGUUUUGUGGUUGGUGUAAAUGUGAGAAUGCUUUUUUAAAACAAUGUGAAAUAUCUUGCCUUGGGCACUGUAAUUCCACCCCUCCUGGCAAAGCAAAUUGGAAUGCUAGUGGAACUUGAUUUCUUUAUUUUUGUUGCUUUUUAAAGUUAUUUCUUGUAAUUUAUUUUCAGUACAUAAAAUCAAACUAUAGUAAUUCAUGCAGAUUAAAUUGGGGAAGCAAGGGAGAUCAGGUCCUAUUGGGUUAGUUGUGAAAUGUCUUGCUUUUAAAAAAAACCUUGAUUUUUAUUUUGAGGUUAAAUAACUUCAAAGAGGGAGUAAGGGGUGUUUUCUUGAUGGAGCUUCUGGAUGGUGCUUCCUGCUUGUCCCUUUUCAGUGUCAUUUGAUUUCUGGACAAUGUCUUCUAAUAAAUAAGCCUUGAACAAUGUUAUUUGUCCUUAAAAUAGAUUUUACAAGGUUCACUAGAAAAGAAAAAAGCACUUUCUUUCCCAGGGGGAAAUGCUUCCUAUGUGGUGAUCUGCUGUUUAGUGUUUUCCCUUUUCAAUAAAAGAAUUCUAUAUUGGCCUUGUUCUUC